CUCCAUGUGUAUCUCUCACCAAGUUUUGACACUAUGCUGUGAAUGUGAAGCUGUUUCCUUGCAUACAGUGUGACUUUAAAUCAGCCAAUCAAAUACAGUCUUGCCCCUGAAGAGACUAUGAACAGAAAGAUUCUUUCCAUUCAAGUCACGGAUUUGAACAUGAUGAUAUCGCCACCAUCUGUUUUCUAUUUGAUGCUUUUGUUCUUUGGGGAAAUGGCUCAGAAGAGUCAUCAGCUCUCGUCUGUUCGUCAAGACAAAGGGUUUAUAUCCACUAAUGUCGGGGAGAGUGUAACUUUGCAGUGUUUCUACGAAGGUGAAGUGGUAGCAAGGUUUUACUGGUAUAAGCAAACAUUAGGAGAGAGGCCAAGGCUCAUUUCUAGCUUCUAUUCAUAUGAUAAAAAUGGUACUUUCUAUGAUGAAUGUGAGAACAAUCCACGCUUCACACUGUCUACUGAAAAAGCUCAAAAUCAUUUGAUGAUCACAGAUCUGCAGGUUUCAGACUCAGCUACUUAUUUCUGUGCAAGUAGCUUUUCGGUAAGUUUUGAAUUUGCAGAAGGAAUCACUGUGAGUGUUAAAGGUUCAGCUUUGAACAGCCGGCCUUUAAUUCAGCAGUCUGCAUCUAAGCCCAUCCAGGCAGGAGGCUCUGUGACUCUGAACUGUACAGUACAGACUGGGACCUGUGAUGAAGAACACAGUGUUUACUGGUUCAAAGACUCUGGAGAGUCUCAUUCAGGACUCAUUUACAGCCAUGGAGGCAGGAAUGAUGAGUGUGAGAGGAAACCAAAGAAACACACAAACACCUGUGUGUACAGCCUGCCAAUGAAGAACCUGGAUGUUUCUCAUGUUGGGAUCUACUACUGUGCUGUUGCCUCAUGUGGACACAUGCUGUUUGGAAACGGGACCAAGCUGGACUUUGGCUCAGGAGACUUUUCUUCUCUCGGUGUAUUUCUUAAUUGCUGCCUUGGCAUUCACCACAAUCCUGAUCUUUAUACUGGCUUUCUUACUUUAUGGUAUAAGCAGACGGCAGUGUACAGGAUCGAAUGCAAGAUUUUCAGCUUCCUCUAUAACAAACUCAGAGAAUUGUGAACCUGAAGAAACCCUUCAUUAUGCUGCUUUGAGGGUAAAAAAGACCGACAGAUCUACAAGAAAAAGAGAGAAUCCAGAGGAUAAAUGUCUGUAUUCUAGUAUCAAAUAAUAAAACUGGACAUGUUUACUUCU